UCCUCUUCCGUCACUCCUCCCUCCUCCUCCUCCUGCGCCCCCGCUAUUUAUACCCCCAAGCCGAUGCGCCGCUCCGGUGGCACCGCCAUCGUCGCCGUCGUCGUGCCGCCGUAGGCCGCCCGCCCGUCCGCCAUUUUCCCCCCGCCCCACAAUCGCAGGUGAGACAGAGACGGGGAGCAUGGCGUCGGAGCCCGUGGCGCGGGCGGUGGCCGAGGAGGUGGCGCGGUGGGGGGCGAUGCGCCAGACCGGGGUCAGCCUGCGCUACAUGAUGGAGUUCGGGGCGCGGCCCACGGAGCGGACCCUCCUGCUCGCCGCGCAGUUCCUGCACAAGGAGCUCCCCAUCCGCAUCGCGCGCCGCGCGCUCGACCUCGAGUCGCUCCCCUUCGGCCUCUCCAGCAAGCCCGCCAUCCUCAAGGUGAGAGAUUGGUACGUGGAUUCAUUCCGUGACAUCCGGUCCUUCCGGGAGGUGAGAAGCCAGGAAGAUGAGCUCGCAUUCACCCAGAUGAUCAAAAUGAUUAGGGUGCGGCACACCAAUGUGGUGCCCACAAUUGCAUUGGGUGUGCAGCAGCUGAAGAAGGACUUGGGCGGUUCGAAGGCAUUCCCCCCUGGAAUCGAUGAGAUCCAUCAAUUCCUUGAUCGCUUCUACCUGUCAAGGAUCGGGAUCCGGAUGCUGAUAGGGCAGCAUGUUGCUUUGCACGAUCCUGAUCCAGAGCCUGGUGUGAUAGGACUUAUAAACACAAAAAUGUCACCUAUGACAGUAGCUCGAAUUGCUAGUGAAGAUGCACGUGCUAUUUGCAUGCGGGAGUAUGGAUCAGCUCCUGAUGUCGACAUAUACGGAGAUCCGGAUUUUACAUUUCCAUAUGUUACACCACAUCUACAUCUCAUGAUUUUCGAAUUGGUGAAGAACUCCCUUCGUGCAGUACAGGAACGGUACAUGAACUCUGAUAAGCAUGCACCACCAGUUCGAAUCAUAGUUGCUGAUGGAGCAGAGGAUGUAACUAUUAAGAUUAGUGAUGAAGGUGGUGGAAUACCAAGGAGUGGCCUCUCAAGAAUUUUUACUUAUCUCUAUAGUACAGCAGAAAACCCUCCUGACCUGGAUGAACAUAACGAAGGAGUAACUAUGGCUGGAUAUGGUUAUGGGAUCCCGAUUAGUCGACUUUAUGCUCGAUAUUUCGGCGGGGACUUGCAGAUCAUCUCUAUGGAAGGAUAUGGAACCGAUGCUUACCUCCACCUAUCACGGCUGGGAGAUUCAGAGGAACCAUUGCCUUAAUCAAUCGGGAAGAAGCCAUUUCUGUAAUUAGGACUCUAUUGCUUUCGCAAUUGCUGCGCUGGUAUGCAAAUAUAGUUCCGAAGGCCAGCCAGCUCUAUAUAGUUCAUCUGUUCGUGUUGUUGUACUCGGAAGCAUCCUGUUUCUGUUUUCUUCUCCUGUUAUAAUUGUUAAACCUCCAAAAAUAGUUGCCCUCGAGCACCCGAGGCAUUUAGUUUGAGUAAUGGGAUUCAUCAUAUGGCCAUAAGUCCGUAACUGCAAACCUAGCAAAUUUUCAGUUCCAGGAGUGUGAACUGAUCA